CAUCUAUGCAAAAAAUGGGAUGUUUCUGUUGCAAAACCACUGGGGCUGUCAAAGAGCCAAAAAAACUAGUAUACUCAUGGGUUGAACGAAAACAUUUGGACCCUGCAGAUUAUGUAAUGGAAAAUUUAAAUGGCUGCACGGCAUAUAAGUCUCCAGGAUCGAUUGGCGGCCAACAAUUUGUUGUACGCAAUUGUCAGGACUCCAACAUUUACUUACUGGACCAUACUGGUUCGGUAACUGUAGAUGAUUGUCAGAGAUGUACAAUUGUGCUAGGACCAACCAAACAAAGUGUUUUUGUGAGGGAUACAAUCAAUUCAACAGUGGUAGUUGCCUGUGGUCAGUUUAGAGUACGUGACUGUGCAUCCUUAAAGAUUUCGCUGUUUUGUUCUACACAACCAGUGAUUGAGUCUAGUCGAGAAUUGCAAUUCAGUUGUUACCAGUUUUAUUACAACCAAUUACCUGAUCAAUUUGUCAAAGCCAAUCUUAAUAUAUGGAAUAACAAUUGGAGAACUGUGUACGAUUACACAUGGAAUGAAGGUGACAAUUGGGYAGUUAAUGAAGAAUCUAUAGUCGUCGAGCUACCAGAAGAAUUACACAAGUAUGGAAUUACAAAUGAAUCCAAAAAUUCAAUUGUACCUCUCACCAAAUGUAAUCAACAGUUUGGAGAAAAUUGUUUUGUCGCGUUUGGAUGUGAAACUGAAGCUUUACGAUUUGUACAAGCUUUACAAUCRCACGAAACAGAUUUGUUGUUAAUAAAAUGCUAUUAUUAUGAUAACAAGGAUGCAAAAGAGUUCCAAGAACAAACCAAAUUAUUUGGAAAUAAAAAAGUUGAAACUAUAAUAGGACUUCAUAUACAGGGUCCAUAUGCUACAAGCAAAUGUUCAACGAUUUUAACCAAUGAUUUUCCUCAGUUCACAACAAUGAUCAGUAAAACGGACACAGAAGCCAAAGAACUAAUUAAAAUAUUUUUCCACAUAUUUGAGAGUGAAUUUCAACCUUAAUGUUAAUUAUUUUAAAAUUAAUUUGACUUAAUUUUUA